GAGAGGGCUUGCUGGGAUUGAACAGGUUGAGGAAGGCUGCAGAAACCACCAACUAAAUAAACAACGUCUUGACUAAACACGCAAACUGGAAGGGCUCAGCGCGGUGUGGGUGCCCAGGGAUCCACUGCCUGAGUGUGGGGAGCCAAGCGGACGGAUACUCCCAGCCAUGAACCACACCAAAGGAGGACUAGUCAUCUUCAGCGCUAACUCUCAUCCCUCCAGCCGAGAGUUGAGCAGAAGGAUCUCCGAGAGAGGAUUUAACGUUCUGCUCUUCUUGGGCAUGAAAAGGCGGUUGGGGGUGGAACUUGGGAAGGUGCAGGUGUACCAGGAAGCUAACAGAGAGACACGUGUGCAGAUCCAGGAGUCGGUGAGAGGAAAAGAUGUUUUCAUCAUCCAGACUGUAUCCAAGGAUGUGAACACCACCAUCAUGGAGAUGCUGAUCAUGGUGUACGCCUGUCGGACGUCGUGUGCCCGGAGCAUCAUCGGGGUUCUUCCCUACUUCCCCUACAGCAAGCAGUGCAAGAUGAGGAAGAGAGGCUCCAUCGUGUCCAAGCUGCUGGCCUCCAUGAUGUGCAAAGCAGGUCUGACUCAUCUCAUCACCAUGGAUCUCCAUCAAAAGGAGAUUCAGGGCUUCUUCAACAUCCCAGUGGACAACCUGCGGGCCUCCCCCUUCCUUCUACAGUACAUCCAGGAGGAGAUCCCAGACUAUAGAAAUGCUGUGAUUGUGGCCAAAUCUCCUGCCUCUGCCAAAAGGGCCCAGUCCUUUGCUGAGCGCUUGCGUCUGGGUAUAGCUGUGAUCCACGGGGAGGCCCAGGACGCAGAGUCAGACCUGGUGGACGGACGCCACUCCCCCCCCAUGGUCAGGACCACGGGAGCCAUCCACCCCAGCCUGGAGAUACCACUGCUGAUCCCUAAAGAGAAGCCCCCCAUCACCGUGGUGGGAGAUGUGGGAGGGCGCAUCGCCAUCAUCGUGGAUGACAUCAUCGAUGAUGUGGACAGUUUUGUGGCGGCGGCUGAGACGCUGAAGGAGCGCGGGGCGUACAAGAUCUUUGUCAUGGCAACGCACGGCAUCCUGUCCUCGGACGCACCCCGGCUCAUAGAGGAGUCCGCCAUCGAUGAGGUGGUGGUCACCAACACCAUUCCUCAUGAGCUGCAGAAGCUGCAGUGUCCUAAGAUCAAGACGGUGGACAUCAGCAUGAUCCUGGCCGAGGCCAUCAGACGCAUCCAUAACGGGGAGUCCAUGUCCUACCUGUUCAGGAACAUAGGGAUGGACGACUGAACACACACACACAGGCCCACACACACAGGCCCAUACACACACAGGCCCACACACACACAGGCCCACACAC